AUGGCACAAAAUUCAAUGUAUUCUUUAGUUAGUAGGAAAGUCGCAAAGAAAGAAAUAGUAUUAAUCAAAUAUGAAACCAUCCAAAAACGACCAACUAUAAGUUUAGUGGAAAACUUUGAAGGGGCCAAUGACGAAGACAUUAAGAAACUGAUACUAGAACUUAAGCCAAUUGAACAUGAAAACGUGCUUAAGGUCUUUGGUCUUACAUUUGAUGAAAAUAACAGAUGUUAUUAUGUUGUCCGAGAAUAUGCUAAAAAUGGUGAUUUACGCACUUAUCUUUCGGUUUCUUCGCUAGCAUGGAAUGAUAAAUAUUCAUUAUCACUCCAAAUCGUCAAUGAUCGACGACCUAAUUGUGCAUAUAUUCUUGAUGAAUUAAAUGCACAAAAGACGACUAUCAAAUCUCAUAGACUUAGUGAUCCUAAUUCGAAAUAUGGGAAAUUACAACAAUUAAGAAUAGAGUUUAUUAAUCUUUUCAGUUUAAAUAAAGGUAAAAAUUGUAGAGAAUACGAUUUUGUUCAUGGAGAAGGGAUUAUUUUACGUGAUGAUGGAGAAUUAAAAAUACAAAAAACCAUCCAGUCAACUCCAAUUAUUUAUUUUUCGAAAAAAGGUUCUGUGUUUUCUGAUAUUAUUAUGGAUGUAGAACCAGAAAAUGAUUAUAUGAGGAUCCAUUUUCCAAUUUGUACAGUUCAGUACCAAAGUGAGGCAACGGAUGAAUUUAUUCUUGACAUCAAAAAUACAAUGAGCAUUCCAGAUAAAAGUAAGAAACUAGAAAUGUUAAAAAAGAAAUUAAAUAGCUAUGGUGAUUAUAUAGUUACUGAAGCCAUUCUUGGUGGCGCUAUUACAAUUAAAAAUUGGUCCAAGAUUGAUGAUGCAUAUAAAUCUCGUUUAAAGUCCUACAUUAAAUGGGGAAUUGACUAUGCAAAGGGUAAAAAAUUAAAUGUUUUUGAAAAUGUAUCACUUGAUGGCUUGCCUCCAUUACCUUCGUUCGAAGCCUCAGAACCUAUGAAAUGUGUUGGAGAUUUAUACAAUUGGCUUAAAGACUUAUAUCGUUAUAAAAAUUUGGAGAUAAUAUCAUAUGAAAAGAUUAAACCAUCCUAUCAGUCAUUGCCGAAUGAUUUAAUUCAGCAAAUACACCAAUGUUCUAGUCCUCAUUUAAGUAAAACCUACUCAUCAUUAGUUCCUCAAAUACCUUCUCAAUACGAUAGUAAAGAUGUUUUGGAAUGGAUAAAAUCAUCAAAACCCCCAUUAGAAUUAUACAUGCGUGACUGGAUACAUAAUAAUUUAUUGCAACAUGGGGUACUUUUACAACGUUCUAAGCUAGGACAUGGAACAAAACCUGCAUUAAAAUUUUUGAAGGAACCUGAAAUAACUCCGAUAAAUAAAGUUACUAUUUUAAUAUCACAACCUCAAACUCUCCAAGAAGCUUAUCUAUUAGAAAAUGGCAUUAUUUUAAAAGAUGAAUUAGAACUUGAUAGCAUCCCCUUUGCUGAAUACAAUUCAUCGCUUGAUCGUCCAUUAGUGGAGUUCAAGAAUUCUAAAUGUUCUGAUAAAGUUUAUUGCCAAGUAAUUUUCCAUGCGGUGAAGAUUUCUUUUGACCCUUCAAGCAUCAAAUACCUACAACAAUUUUCAGAUGCAGUGGGCUCUACUUUAGAAACUCAUGAACCAUUUAAUAAUCUCUGCACGCUGUUUGGAAAUGAUUAUGGACAUUUGUUAUCAAGAAUUUUUACUUUAGGUGGAAUUUUAUCAAGGUCAUUUAAGCCUCGUAAUGACCUAACAAAUUUUAUUCAUGCACGAAAAUUUGAAUUUGAUAUAAAUGAUCCUGAUGCGCCUCAAGAAAUUGAAGAAAUUUUAAAAAUAUGGAGUGGAGAAUCACAAGACAUUGAUACUUCAUUAUUUCUUAAUAAUGAUGGGGAUAUUAUUCGUCGCAGUAACAUUGGAGAUUGGUGGAAAACUCUUGCUGAUAGUCCUAGCAAUUGGAAAGUUAUAUCUUCAGAAAAUUGGAUGCCAUUAUAUAAAGUUUUAGAUAAUACAAAUCAAAAUAUUGAAGCUAUUUUGAAUAAUGAAUUUCAUCUCGUUUUUAAUGGAAAAGAAUCAUUAAAUAAGAAUCAAACCACAGUAAUUAUUAAAUUUCCUGGAACAAUUGAAAAUAAUUAUUAUAUUUUUGGAAAUGUUGUGAAAGAAAAUAAUGAAGGUGAUUUGGAAAUAAUUCCGGAGACUACUGUUCAAUUUAGGUAUCAAAAUAAGGACGGAUGUGCUGCAUAUAUUCUCAAAAAUCGCAAUUUAAAAUUUCUUUGGUUUGUGCUUGCUAAACCAAAUGGAUAUUAUAGUAAUAAGAACAGAAAUGUUAAGUUCACCUAUGGUGAACUUGACAUUGAUAAUAGUCAGUCUGAGAUUACAUUGAACAGUGAAAAUAUUUAUUCAAAUUGCGUUCUUAUGACUUCAUUUGUUCCCAAAACACAAGAUGACACGAUCAUUCAUGAUAUUGCACUCAAAGCUUGGACAAAAGCAACGAUUGAAUUAAAAGUUCAGAGAAAAGAACGAAGUGAUAAUUUAAAUCAGGAAGUUAUAAAGAAGAUUGGACUAAUUGGCACUUCAGAUGAAGAUUCAAGCGACGAUUCUGAAAGCACGAUUGGAAAUAAUUCAGCACAAGAAUCUCAUGAGAAGACGACUCUUCAAUGGUGUAUAAUUUAUGCAAACGAAAGAGAACCAAUGAAAAGUGAAGAUAAAGGGACAUAUCCGUGGAAUUUAUUUGGAAUCGUCCUUGAUGAAAAUUUCAAAAAAAUUAAUUUUAAGGAAUCAUAA